AUGUCGAUUACUACGUCCGUCACACAGUUGUUGGGCAUCCAACAUCCCAUCCUGCUGGCGGGCAUGGGCCAGACGUCUGGGGCGCCCUUGGCUGCCGCCGUCUCAAAUGCGGGCGGGCUGGGUGUAAUUGGUGGUGUGGGAUAUACUCCCAAAAUGCUUCGAGACAUGAUACAAGAACUGAAAGACAGCCUAAGAGACCCAUCACUUCCAUUCGGUGUCGACUUGCUGAUCCCACAGGUCGGCGGAAGCGCGCGCAAAACUAAUCUUGACUACACCAAAGGCACGCUGGACGAGCUCGUCGACAUCAUCAUCGCCGAAAAGGCCAGAGUCUUUGUCUCUGCCGUCGGCGUGGCGCCUAAGCAUAUCAUCGAGAAGCUCCAUAAGCAUGGCAUCCUGUACAUGAAUAUGAUUGGCCACCCAAAACAUGCCCACAAGGCUUGCCAGGCCGGCGCCGAUCUCAUUUGCGCACAGGGUGGCGAAGCCGGAGGACAUACUGGAGAUACAGCAACUACGGUCCUAAUCCCCGCUGUCGCGGAUAUCUGCAAGAAAUACACGUCCCCUCUGACCGGAAAGCCCGUGCAAGUCGUCGCUGCCGGCGGAAUAUACGACGGUCGAGGGAUUGCCGCAGCUCUCAUGCUAGGUGCUGGCGCUGUCUGGGUUGGAACUCGCUUCGUGACCGCGAAGGAGUCCGGGGCACCCGAAGUCGCCAAAAAAGCCAUCAUCGAGGCCAACUUCGACUCGACGAUCAAAUCGACCAUAUGGACCGGCCGGCCUCUGCGCGCCCUCGCGACACCCUACGUUCGGCACUGGGAGACGGAGCGAGCGCAGGAGAUCAAGGACCUGACCUCCCAGGGUAUUAUCCCGCUCUACCACGAGUUCGAGAAGCUCGAGAAGGAGAACGGCCUUACCGAGGAGAUCGAGGACCAGUCAACAUUGAGGUGA